AUGACGGAAAAGCUGGAUACUGAAACGGCUGCCCCCAGCUCCACGUCCGAUCAGGGGACGAAGGACCUUCCUCCCGAGGAAGGCUUACGCGGUUGGCUUUGUGUGGUAGGAGGGUUCUUCGCGAUGUUUGCCAGUUUUGGUUUUCUCAACGUCAUCGGUCUGUUCCAAAGCACAUAUCAAGAGACUACCCUGCGAGAUUAUAGCCCCUCAGAUAUAUCAUGGAUCUUUGCGAUGCAGCUCGCGCUGAUGUGGGGACCCGGGCCUAUCUAUGGCCGCCUCGUCGACAAUUUUGGCGCAGGGGUGGUCCUGUAUCCCUGUAGUGCGCUUUGUGUGUUCGCGUUGUGCAUGGCUAGUCUGGCCACGGAAUACUAUCAGAUCUUCCUGGCGCAGGGCCUGGCGUUUGGUAUUGGAGCGGGUGGUGUCUUUACCACGGCGAUGGUAUGCGCGGGACAGUGGUUCAUUCGACGGCGUGGGCUAGCAAUUGGCAUAGUCACGUCUGGGAGCAGUUUGGGAGGAGUAAUCUUUCCGAUCUUCUUCAUCAAGGUGAUGGCCCAUGUCGGCUUCUCUGGGGCCGUCCGAUAUACAGCCCUCUUUGUCGGGAUUCUGCUCAUGUCGUCUUGCCUUCUCAUUCGAAGUCGUCUUCCCCGAAAACCGUGGGAUUCUAACAUGAAAUGGUUCAAUUUCGGCCUUCUCAAGGAUAAACAGUUCGCUCUGUACAUGGCCGGAUCUUGGUUGGUAAUGUGGGGCCUCUGGGCUCCUUUCGACUUCCUGCCCAGUAUGGCUCAGAGUACGGGGUUUUCACCUGAUAUGGCAAUGUAUCUUAUCUCAUGUGUCAAUGCUGCCUCUAUCCCUGGUCGUAUUCUCCCCGGCUAUCUGGGAGAUCGCUUGGGAUUUUACAAUGCAUUCACGGCGGUUUCCUUAGGAUCAGGACUCGCAAUUCUGGCCCUGUGGGUCCCAUUCGAUUACCACCACUCACAUGCAGGUCUCAUAAUCUUCGCCCUAGUCUACGGCUUUAUGAGCGGCUCAUGCGUGAGUCUCCUCAUGCCAUGCGCGGCGAAGGCAGGUACGUUAGAGACCCUAGGACAGCGUUUUGGGACGUACCAGAUUAUCAUGUCCACCUCUUUAUUAACCGGGCUACCGAUUAUGGGUGCGAUUCUCGCCAGGCAAGGGGGAGAGAACUACAUUGGCCUCCAAAUGUUUGGGUCCUUUGCCUUGAUUGUGGGGGCGAUCCUGGUUGCUAUAUCGACAUGGAUCCUACGCCAGAGAAAUCAGACUUGGAAGGUUUAG